AUGGCGAACAACAACAGCUCAUACGGUGAAAAUGUCAGUAGAAAAUCCCACACGCCUUCUGCUAUCGUUAUUGGUGGUGGGUUUGCAGGCAUUGCUGCUGCAAAUGCGCUCAGGAAUGCGUCCUUCGAGGUCGUUCUUCUGGAAUCCCGUGACCGGAUAGGUGGCCGAGUUCACACUGACUACUCUUUUGGGUUUCCUGUUGAUCUUGGGGCAUCUUGGCUUCAUGGUGUUUGUGAAGAAAAUCCCCUGGCACCGAUCAUUGGAAGACUCGGGCUUCCACUGUACCGCACCAGUGGAGAUGACUCUGUCCUUUUCGACCAUGAUCUCGAGAGUUAUGCACUUUAUGACACUAAUGGCUCUCAAGUCCCACAAGAGUUUGUAGAAAAGAUAGGGAAAGUGUUUGAGGCUAUACUGGAAGAGACUGGCAAAUUAAGGGAAGAAAUGAAGGAAGAUAUUUCUAUAGCUAAGGCCAUUGCAAUUGUUUUGGAGAGAAAUCCACACUUGAGGCAAGAAGGGAUUGCACAUGAUGUUCUCCAGUGGUAUUUGUGCCGCAUGGAGGGUUGGUUUGCUACUGAUGCGGAUGCCAUCUCGCUCCAGUGUUGGGACCAGGAAGUUCUUCUUCCUGGUGGCCAUGGUCUCAUGGUUCGUGGAUAUCGUCCAGUUAUAAAUACUUUGGCAAAAGGUCUAGAUAUACGCCUUGGUCACAGGGUUGUUGAAAUUGUUCGGCACUGGAAUAGAGUAGAGGUUACUGUAAGCAAUGGUAAAACAUUUGUUGCGGAUGCUGCAGUCAUCACCGUUCCCUUGGGUGUUCUUAAAUCAAACACCAUUAAGUUUGAGCCGAGGCUCCCGGAAUGGAAGGAGGAAGCGAUAAGAGAACUGUCAGUUGGAGUCGAGAACAAAAUAGUUCUCCACUUCAGUGAGGUUUUCUGGCCUAACGUGGAGUUCCUCGGAGUAGUUUCAUCCACCACAUAUGGCUGCAGCUAUUUCCUCAACCUUCACAAGGCAACAGGGCAUGCUGUUCUUGUUUACAUGCCUGCAGGCCGGCUUGCUUGUGACAUUGAAAAGAUGUCGGAUGAGGCUGCUGCUCAAUUUGCCUUUUCCCAGUUGAAGAAGAUCCUCCCUAAUGCAGCUGAGCCGCUUAACUACCUGGUGUCACACUGGGGCUCAGACGAGAACACGCUUGGUUCCUACACCUUUGACGGGGUAGGCAAGCCGCGCGACCUGUACGAGAAGCUCCGCAUCCCCGUCGACAACCUAUUCUUUGCCGGGGAGGCCACAAGCGUCCAGUACACGGGCACGGUGCACGGCGCCUUCUCCACGGGGGAGAUGGCGGCCGAGGAGUGCCGGAUGAGGGUCCUGGAGAAGUUCAGGGAGCUGGACAUGCUGGAGAUGUGCCACCCGAUGGCCGAGCAAACGGCCACCGUCUCCGUCCCGCUGCUCAUCUCCCGGCUGUAA